AUUUUAAGUAUUAACAUGAUCGCAUACGUGGUCAAGGACUCAAGGUUUACCAACAUUAUGCCAGGAAAAAGGAAUAAAUCCCAGCAGCCCAAAACAAGUCAGGCGAAAAGACCACGUCGUGGCCAAAAGGAAACGAGAGGGCCCACCACUACUGAUGCUGUGGCAAGCGAUACAAGCACUCCACCCCUCAGUGUACCCCCUGAAACCUUAGCUGAAUUAACCCAAACCAUAACAAAGUCAGUCACAGAGAACGUGCUAGCAGAGAUACAACCAUUGCUACAACAUCAGGGGAGUAUCUCUGUUCAUAAUAUGGGGGGUAAACAGGGUAAUAAUGCUACCACCUCUGCAAGCAACAGCUUAGCAGCAAGCCCUCCUGGGUUGGAGGGCCACACAAUGAAUAAGUCAGGGGAUGCAGGUAUUUCAGGUUUGGUAUCAAAUGUUGUAGCCGAACACAGUUCACAGAUUGUGGGUACUGAAUUCCCACCUGUAGAAAAUGCAGGUAAGAAAUCGGGAUUUGUGAGCUCCUCAGUGCCAAUAGAGGCAAGGGUUUCUGACAAAAUCAAAUCUAAAAUUUGGUCAAAACAAUAUGUUGAUAUGGCUUUGUUGUUAAAAAAGGAAAAGGGAAAAAGUAAGUAUUCUAUCAAAGUGGAAGAACAAGAUCAGACAGGUAAGGUGGUAAUUCACAAUAUGCAGUCCACAGAUGAUGAUGAAUUUAGGGAUGGCUCAUUAUCCCUGCAUGACUGGGUAACUGCAUGGAAUAGGUAUGCGACAAUUUAUUGCAUUAAAGAUACACUUGCACAGCCAAAGCUUGCAAAACAUAUGGAAUCAGUUAGGCAAAUUGCAGAGGAAAAGGGGGAUUGGAGAAGAUAUGAUAAGGAGUUCAGGGAACUCAUAGAACAAGGUGAGGUAGAAUGGGGUGAUGUCCAUAUGGAGAUAUAUGUCAAUGCUCGCCUCAAGCAAUCUGAAAAAAAGUUAACCAAAAUAACAUCAGACCGGUCGACAUUUAGCAGGUAUGAGGAAGUCCCUCAUGGAGUGUGCUUUGCAUAUCACAAAGCUGAAAAGUAUUGUAGGCUAGGUGCUACAUGCAAAUUCCAACACAGAUGCUUUAACUGUGGUGGCAUGCAUCCAAUCUAUUCAUGUAAAAAAACUAUUCAACGGCCAUUUCGUUUCUUGGACAAAUUCAGAACCCAGAAAUUAUUUCAGGGAAAUGGGACAUCAACCAACACGGGUAAUUCUAAAUCCUCAAAAGCAACUUAUCCCACAAAAGGGUCCUACGCCGGUAAAUCCCAAUAGGUUAGAGUACUGGUUGGUGGGGUAUGAUAAAGUAGAAACAGAAUUUUUAGUUAAUGGGUUUAAAUAUGGUUUUAGCAUUGGAUACACAGGGGAAAUUAGAAAUAUUCUUUCAAAAAACUUAAAAUCAGCACAGGACUUACCAGAGGUUAUCAGCAGGAAGUUAGAGAAGGAGAUACAUUUGGGUAGAAUUAUGGGUCCUUUCAUAGAAAAGCCAAUGCCAGUUUUACAUUGUUCCCCUUUAGGUCUAGUUAGCAAGAAAACAGAGGGUGAGUACCGUAAGAUACAUCAUUUGUCAUAUCCAGAAGGUAAGGCUGUCAAUGAUGGCAUACCUGAAGAGGAGUCAUUUGUUCAAUACUCUUCUGUAGAGGAUGCUAUUCAAAAUAUUAAACAGUGUGGGAAAGGAUCAUAUUGUUGCAAAACAGAUAUUUCCAAUGCAUUUCGAAUUAUCAAUUUACAUGCAUCACAGUUUAAAUACUUUGGUUUCACAUGGCAAGGUCAAUGGUAUUUUGAUACAUGUCUUCAGAUGGGUUGCAGUUCUUCCUGUCGGAUAUUUGAAAGGUUUAGUACGGCACUUCAGUGGAUAGCUCAGGAAAAAUUAGGUAUUAAAUUUAUGACUCAUGUAUUAGAUGAUUUUCUAAUUGUUGACAAAUCUGCUACAGGAUGCCACAAAAAACUUGAGGCAUUCUUAACAGUUUGUGCUGACAUUGGUAUACCAAUGGCUAAGGAUAAAACAUUCGGUCCUCACAAGGUAAUGACUUUUCUGGGUUAUGAAUUAGACACUGAGAUGAUGGAGGCAAGACUACCUAUUGCUAAAGUUAAAAAAUGUAGGGAUACAAUUGAGGAGCUUUUACCAAGCAAAAAGAUUACUUUGAAGGAUAUGCAAUCAGUAAUUGGUCUUCUUAAUUUUGCUUGUAAUGUUGUCUUGCCAGGAAGAGCAUUUCUAAGGCGACUUAUCAAUACUAAUAUUGGCAUAACAAGACCAUAUUAUCGCAUUAGACUAAACAAAGAGGUAAAAGCAGAUUUGCAUACUUGGUUAGCCUUCUUGGAACAAUUUAAUGGUAGGUCAGUUUUCUUACCUGAUAGGUGGGUAGAUUCUAAUGAAUUGAAAUUGUAUACAGAUGCUUCAGGAUCCAUUGGUUAUGGGGCAGUGUUAGGUGGGCACUGGUUCUAUGGGACUUGGAAUGAUAAUUGGAAAAAAUCUAAUAUUACUCUCUUGGAAUUUUAUCCAAUAGUGUUAGCUCUUAAGGUGUGGAGUCAUAUUUUGAAAAAUAAGUGUAUUUAUUUUUACACAGACAAUUAUGCCCUUGUGCAUAUCAUUAACAAGCAAUCGUCUAAGGAUAAACAUAUAAUGUAUCUCGUAAGAGAGUUAGUGCUCAUUUGUUUGCAGUCUAACAUUUUGUUUCAAGCUAGGCAUCUUGGUACCAAAGAAAAUAUUCUAUGUGACUGCUUGUCUCGUUUGAAGGUGCAGCAAUUCCAUCAACUGGCUCCUUGGAUGGACAAAGAACCAAUGGUGAUUCCUCAGCUGCCAGCAUUACCACCUUAGAACCAGUCUUGAGGAACCUGUUGACUUCAACAUUGGCACCAGCUUCCACUCAGGCAUAUAAACGG